AUUGUUUAAAUUAGCCCGUAUAGAUUGAAAAUCGCGGUAUUUGCAAGCCAGUGUAUAUUUGACAGCGAAUGACGCACGAUGCAUUGUAAGAUUGGAAGUUGGCCCAUUGUUUUCAUUAUAUGCUGUGUAAUAUUAAUAGCGGCGAUCAAGUGUGUGCUAACCACACCGUACGACGUACUACUAAUGGACGGAAUUGUCGAUAUCGAUUCAGUCGACUCCAAUUUCCUACCAAUUCAAAAUGCUUUCGAGGGGUCGGCGCACUCGCCCAACGACUUAGACUUGAAUCGAGUUGGGUUCUGUCUCGUAAACUGCCAGAGCUCGGCCAUAUCGAUGUCCUUCAAUCGGCCGUCUGGGCAUGUCGGCUUCGGUUUGCUAACAUGUUCAAUUAGGAAUAGCUUAAUUGCUCUUCCGCCAAAUCAAUUCUGUGACUUGCUCGCAACUGUGAAAGCGGCCACCCAGCGCAGCCAUGCCUGGCUCCUAAACGUCUGCAGCAAGUGAAGCGCCGAUUGUUCCAAUUGCCAGCCUUGGUCUAGACCGCGGCAGCAAACCCAUAUCAUAAGCUACCAAACGUGUCAGUUUUGGCAAUAUU